UGUCUCAGACUCUACCCCGUUCUGUCUCCGGUAUAAUUUAGUCAUCAUACCCGCCUUGGGCACUCGUGCUCCAGUGAGCUGCAGCAAGAUUCAUUGCAGCUCAGAUUCACUUGGACUUCUGCAUAUACACAUCCCAAGUCGUCAUCCGCGUUCAUGGCAAAGUCGGACGAGAGUCCAAAGGCUCGAUACUUAAGAUUCUGAAUUGCCAGCUUUCGUUGCAGACGGACCCACUCGAUCGUCUGAGAGAGAGCCUUCACUUGCAAGAACUUCUCGAUUGCACCGUCGAGCUCAGGAGAGAAAGUCUUCGCAGAUUUCGUCGAUCUCAGUCAUAAUCAUGUCCAGGCAAACCGGGACUGCAUGCCUUUGUGAGCUCAGGAGGAAGAGCUCCAUGGUGAGAAGUGUUCUGUUGUUGGAGCUGGCUGUGCUGCUGGUUCUGGCGUGGGGGAGCUCGAGAACCGGAGCAGAUGAAGGUCGAAUGAUGGACUCGCCCACCGUCGUGCUCCAGAAGCUAGAUGCUGCAAUCACAGCUUUGGAGAAGGCACAGGAUGUGCCCAUGAACUUGACAGAUUGUGAUAAGGGCCUAGCAGCUGCCGUUGCUGGUGUGAACGAGGCUCAGCUGCUGAUGUCGUCCGACGAGCUGCACCUGGCCAGACACAAAGUGCUGGCUGCCAAGUAUAACAAUGCCAAGUGCCUCCAGCUUCUUCGUCGAUCUACCUCUGUUCCGUAUAGCACAAAGACGGUUGUCUACAACCUUACUUUACAAGCAGAUCAAGAGCUGGAGGAAAUUGUAGCCCAUCUGCCAAUUGCGAGCCAAGAGGCAUAUAAUACUACAAGCUGGAGUGCCACUACCGACUUCAACAAAGCCUUAACGAAACACCUGAUCGAUUCUUCUCAAGACCAUCAGGAACUAGUUGAAUACGGGACACCGAGGUCAACAUGUGCGGCGACUGUGGUCGAUGGAACGAAGUGCCAGUAUGCAGAGUGCGCCAAAGGGCGAGGCCUGGUGAGCUGCGCCAUAGGGUUCGCCAAGGGAGUGGUGGGCGGCUACUACGGCAUCAGUUACACGGUCACGCGAGAUGACGACGUGCCGGAAAACCCUCCGGCAGGGUCAUUGCGGCACGGGCUGAACCUGGCCAAGGACCACGCCGGAGGAGUGUGGAUCACGUUCGCGCGCGACAUGGUCAUCGAGCUGCGAGGGAUGAUGUGGGUGCACAGCCACACCACGGUCGACGGGCGCGGCGUCAACGUGACGCUGCAGAAGCACAGCCUGGUGGUGAGCGGCGCGCGGCAGGUGAUCCUGGCCAACUUCGGCAUCAACACAGUCCGAGGAGGCGACACAGUUCACAUCUUCGCCGACUCGUCCAAAGUCUGGGUCGACCAUCUGACCUCGUUCGGCGGCGACCUCGGCCUCGUGAGCGUGGUCCAGGGCUCCACAGACGUCACCAUCUCCAACUGCAAGCUCCAGAACCACAACUUCAACAUGCUCCUCGGCGCCUCCGACCACGACGAGCAGGACCGCAACAUGCGCGUCUCCGUCUACCGCAACCACUUCCUUGACUCCAUGCAGCGAAUGCCGCACUGCCGAUGGGGAUGGUGUCAUGUGGCGAACAAUUUAUACACCAACUGGGGAUACUACGCAAUCGGAGCGCGUGUGAAAGCCCGAGUUAGAACGGAGAACAACGUCUUCAUGCCGAGCAGAGCGACGGAAGUGACACCAUGGCAUCCCGGAGCGGCAGCGUCGUCGUUCGAUAUGACAGCCAGGAUCGAGUCCAGAGGCGAUUUGCUCAUGAACGGAUCGACGUACCAUCAGUUUCUGUUAGCCACGCACGACGUCAAGCCUCCGUAUCCGAGCGCCGAGUUCCCGCCCCUUCUCGGAGCCGACCGUGUCUACCGCUUGGUCCAAGCCUGUGCGGGGCAGCAGACCCCUGACACCGUCUCAGCCUGUCAAAGUGCCUCGACCUAAGGACAGGCAGGGCCGGUCGCAAGAACUUAGGCAGUCCUGUGCGAAACUGCUGAUCUGAUGCCUUCCGGUCGGUCGGUCGGGUGGGUGGGUGUACCGUAAGGGGGCCCUGUAGACCCCUUCCGGGACGAGACCCAAAUGGCCCAAGGCCCAAGGCCCAAGGCCCACCGUUUACGUUGUAAAAUAACUAUCAAACUUGGGAUGAGAAGGUUUUACAAAGUGGAGUAUGAAAUUUGUGACAAAUAUCUUCUUGUGAAACUCACUCACUUGGACUCGGG